AUGGCUGAUAUACUACACUCGACAAUUAUUACGAACGGGCACAGGCUGUCUGAUUUACCUUCCCUGGCAGAAAUACUAGCCUCCUCCCCACAUGCGCCUGCUGCUACUUGGUCGUCGCCUGACACGACUAGCUAUCUCGACGAACUCACCUCCCUGCCUCUCUCCGAGCUCGAGUCUCAGCCAACCGAGCUUUCCUCAUCCUCUGCACAGCUAACAAAUGCGCUCACCACCCUUUGCCACACCUCCUACCCGACCUUCCUCUCCAUACAUGCGACGACCUCCACCCUCUCAUCCUCCCUUUCCUCGCUCUCCUCCUCACUCGACGCGCUCGUCUCCUCCCUCCCCGCGCUCGAGUCCUCCGCCGCUUCCUUCGCGGUCGACGCGCGCGCGAUCCAGAAGGACCGCCGCAAAGCCGCGCUCGUCCUCGAGCACCACGACAAGCUCUACGACGCGCUGUCGCUCCCCGUGCUUCUCGACUCGUGCGUGCGCAACCACAGCUACGCCGAGGCGCUCCUCCUCGCGCAGCACGCCGCCGGCCUCGCCGCGCGCUUCCCCGCCGACCCGCUCGUGCAGUCUGUCAAGGCCGAGUGCGAUGCGCGCGUGCAGGCGAUGCUCGCGCAGCUCCUCCGCAUGCUCAGCGAGCAGGCCAAGCUCCCCGCGCUCUUCCGCGCCGUUGGCUUCCUGCGCAAGAUGGCGGUGCUCGAUGAGCCCGAGCUCGCGCUCGCGUUCCUGACCGGCCGUGGCGUGUACCUGGACGGCCUGUUCAAGACGAUCGAGAGCGAGAGGAAGGGCGUGCAGGGGGACGCGGAGCACGAGCGGGAGGCGUACGCGCGGUAUCUGAAGCGGUAUGUUGAUCUCUGGCGGGAGGGCGUGUACGAUGUCAUCACCCAGUACACCUCUAUAUUUCUCGACCGCGCGCCCUCGACGUCUGCAGCCGCGCAUCCACAGCUGCACGCGCUGCUCGCGACCUUCACGAAUCUGCACCUGCAGACGCUGCUCGCGCUCCUGCAGGAGAUGCUUCCGCUUAUCCCAGACCCUUCCCUGCUCACCUCGUUGCUCACGCAGCUCACAUACUGCGCCAACUCAUUCGCGCGUGUGGGACUAGACUUCAAGGGGCUGCUCGCCCCGAUCUUUGUCGACGCAGUACAAAAGGGCGUCGAGCGUGAAUUCAACGAGGCCGCCGAGGCACUGUGCGACAAAAUCAGAAUGGGCACUGACGGGAGGAGGUCUGCUUCCUCCAUCUCUGGCAAGAAACCCUCGCAGUAUCUGGUCGCACCCUCCUCCCUACCCUCGCCGCCCCUACCGACAGCGGCGCAGCUCCGCGCGCUCUCAUCCGGACCGCCCAACGUCCCGCCGCCGCUCCUCGUGUCCUAUCCGCCGCUUGCCGUCUAUCUGAACGCGAUUCUCACCGCGCUGAACGGUCUGCGCCUGCUUGCGCCUGUGGAGCUUCUCAGCGCCCUCCUGCGCGCCCUCGACGCGUCGCUCGCGAAGGGUCUGGGCGCGCUGCUGGCAUUGGCGCAGGAACGGCCAUGGGCAGACGCGUUGUCGCGGCUGAGCGCGGAAGAGGCGGAGGCGGAGGAGGGCGUGGUGGGGGCUGCGGCAACGGUGUACGCCCGGGUACUCGUGCCGUUCGUUAGGAGAGCGCUCGUGGAGGGUGUGUAUGGCGUGUCGAUAGGCGAGGCGAACACGCCUCUGGGGAAGGACUUGAAGGAUGUAUUAGACAACACCACAGCGAUGCCGGACAGCAUCGCUGCGGAGAAGGCGAGGCGGUUGCUCAGGGCACCGCUGGUCUUGCCGGACGCAGAGGGCGAAGGCACGGCAGAACGAGCCGCGCUAGAAGAGCUGGAAAUGAGCGCUGUGCGAGGUGCGCUCGGCGCGGCGGUAACCGAUGGCAUAGAACCAGCCAUCGUGGAGUUGCCACUGCCGGCCGCCGUCGCAUUGGCUGACGGGUCAGAAGCGGACGAUGCACCAGGGAAACCAGAGGACGAGUUGCCAAAGGAGCUGGAGUUGUCAAUCGAGCCGCCAGUCGCGUUCGCGCUCGGCGGGAAAGAGCCAUCCGUCGAGGUCGCGUUCGGGCCGGCUGCGCUAGCUACGCCAGUCUUGCAGGCUCCUGUGGUUCCGUUUCCUGACGCUCCGCCGAUGGGGAAACCGGUGCUGUUCCCGCCGGAGAAGGGGCCCGAGGGUACUGUCGAGUUCCCUCCUCCAGGGAAUCCCGAGAAGGAUGCCGCCGAGCUAUCAGCAGUCGUUGUCGGGAUCGCUGUCGAGUUGUCAGAUGAGCCAUCACUCGAGGUGGCGGUCGGAAUGCUGAGCGUCGAGUUGUCCGGCGAGCCGCCCGCCGUCGUGGGAAUGGCGGUCGAAUUGCCCGAUGAGCCGUCCGUCGCGGUCGCGGUGGGGAACGCCGCAGAGCUGAAUGAACCGUCAGUCGCCGUAGGAACGGCUGUUGAGUUGUCGCUCGAAGAGCCACCCGUGGAGAAAGCAGUGGAGUUGCCACUGGCAUCAGUGGGAAUGGCGGUCGCAUUGGCACUAGGGUCGGUGCCGGUAGGGAACGCUGACGCUGUGGCGUUUGCACCCGUCGGGAAGGGCGAAGACGCUUCGUCCGUGCCGGUCGGGAACGCAGAUGCAGUUGCAUUGGCACCGGAAGCCGGGUCCGUUGCAGUUGCAUUUGUCGACGGGUCUGACGGGAUCGCCGUAGAGUUGGAACCACCUACGGGCGCUCCGGUCGGGGAAGCCAACCCAGCCUGCGUUGCGCUAGCACUUGCAGCUGAUGCAGCCGCCUGGGUGAUCUCGGACAACAUCGAGGAAGCAGGUGUGACCACUGUUACAUGUGAUCUCCUCUACGAGGGUAUCCACGCCGUCAAUCCCACCGAGGUUCGAGACGAUAUCGCCCAGAACGGCUACAGUGACUGCUCAGUUUGGUCCAUAAAUUUUGAUCACUGCGUUGACUUACAAUCCUGCCGCCUCAUUGGUACCGUCGGAGAACGACCGACAACGUACCGAUUGUAG